AUGGGGCAGAAGUUUUGCAGACAAUCAUUAGGAACUAUAUUCGGAAGAAGAGAAGAAGGACAUCACAUCGUCUGUGAAGCAUGUUGUAAUAAUACAAGGUAUUGCAAUGGAGAACUUCGAUGUGAAACAGUUAUAAAACAAAACAACACCCAUCUGCCCAGGGAAUGUUCAGAAAUAAAUUCGCCAGAUUUGAAAAGUGGAGUUUACAAUAUUUACCCAUUCAAUUCGCAUAUAGCUGUCCCAGUAUUCUGUGAUAUGACUACUGAAAAUAAAAGUUGGACGGUAAUACAAAGAAGGUACAAUGGUUCUGUUGACUUCUAUAGAAAUUGGAUGACUUAUAAAGAAGGUUUUGGUAAUGUGGAUGGCGAGUAUUGGUUGGGAAAUGAUAUAGUUCAUCGUAUUACAUCAAGUGGUAACCAUGAGCUUAGAAUCGAUUUAUCAGACUUCGAGGGCAAUGAUCGAUAUGCAAAGUAUUCGAGUUUUCUCGUUGGUGAUGAGUGGAGUCAAUACCAGUUACAUGUAUCAAAUUAUUCAGGGGAUGCAGGAAAUUUUCUCAUGCACCCAGCAUACAACCAUAAUGGAAUGCCAUUUUCUACUUUUGACCACGAUGCAGAUGACUCCCCCCUUAAUUGUGCAGCGCAAUACAAAGGAGGUUGGUGGUAUUCCCACUGUCUGAUCGCUAAUUUGAAUGGAAGAUAUCUAUCGGGUCAUCAUGAUUCUUUUGCUGAUGGCAUUGACGUCAUUAUAUGGCACGGAACUCAUUAUUCACUGAAGACAGUUACUAUAAUGAUCACCAAAAUUAAUCUGUAGAAACUAAAUUAAAAUUGAAUACGUUGUUUUACGUCAUGACUUAUUCUGAUGGACACUAUCCCAAAAACAUGUGUCAUGCACUCAGAAAGCAAUCUAUCAUAAGUCGUACGAGUCGACUGUCUGUUAGACAGCUGAUAAUUGAUCCUCAGUUCCCGAGAUUACC